UGUUCUGUAAACUUUCUAAUGUUUGUUGUUCUGUAACGCAUGCAAGCAAAACCCACGAAGAUUUAGGGUUUCGCAUUGCUACUUCGCGUUCGUUCAUCUCUCUCACGCCUCAAGAUGUUCAAGAACACAUUCCAAUCUGGAUUUCUUUCCAUUUUGUACAGCCUUGGGAGUAAACCUUUGCAAAUAUGGGACAAAGAAGGGGGUUUGCAAAAAGAUUUCUACAUCCAGAUAUAGUUUCUAUUUAUGAUUAUAUCUUUCUCUGGGAUGAGGAUUUAGGGGUGGAACAUUUUUCUCCAUCAAGGAGUAAACCUUUGCAAAUAUGGGACAAAGAAGUUGUGAAUGGCCAUGUUAAACGACCACAGGAUGAAGACAUACAAUCCAAUGUACUGGAAAUAAUUGGAUCAAAUAUUCAGUCCACAUACAUUACGUGCCCAGCUGACCCAGCUGCAACACUUGGUAUAAAACUUCCAUUCUUGGUUUUGAUUGUCAAGAAUCUAAUGAAGUAUUUCACAUUUGAGAUUCAAGUUUUGGAUGAUAAGAAUGUCAGACGACGAUUUCGAGCCUCAAAUUUUCAAGCUGUCACUCGGGUAAAGCCCUACAUGUGCACUAUGCCACUGAGAAUGGAUGAGGGGUGGAAUCAAAUCCAGUUUAACCUGGCUGAUUUCACCAAGAGAGCAUAUGGUACUAAUUAUGUGGAGACACUGCGAGUUCAGGUACAUGCAAACUGUUGCCUGAGAAGGAUUUACUUCUCUGACCGCCUCUACUCUGAAGAGGAACUCCCUCCAGAGUUCAAAUUGUACCUUCCAAUGCAGAAAUCAUGAAAAAAUGGGAGUUUGGAGUUGUAGCCUGGAGAAAUUGAUGUGAUUUUAUAUCCGUACUACAUAUAGUUUUACUAGUUGACUUUAUUCUAAACUUUGUAUCUAUGUUGUGCUAGAUUAAUAUUGCUCGUUCUAGUAACAUGAAGUUGUGUAGGGUGUUCUGAUGCUUGUCUCUAAUAUUCGAAGUUGACUUUGAUGAUGAUUGGUGUCUUUGUAUGUUAGUUUCUAACCAAAGAAAGGAUGAUAGUGUUAUAAAUGCAUUGCAUUAAUAAUA